AUGUACGUCUUCGUGUAUUUUGCCACUCUCUUCGUGGUCUCUUGCAGUGCUAUCUUUCCUGUGUUGGAUUCGACUAACAUUAAGGUCGACCCCGUCUGCAAACGGCGCAACCAGUACGUUAGCAUUGACGGGAACUGUGACUCAUACAUCGAGUGCAGAGAUUAUCACGCAAUUGACAGAGAAUGCCCAGACGGUCUUCACUACAACGUUGAUGCAAAAUGGCCUCAAUACCCUUGCGGAUACCCCUCUGAUGUUCCUUGCAGAGGAAGGGCUAUUCAAAAGGCUCCUGAGCCAACAGCUGAUUGUCCUCGCCAGUUCGGCUUCUUCCCAUCUCCUCUGGCUCCACCAAAUGAUUGCGGCCAUUACCGUAUGUGUGUAGGCGGUCGUGCCUUCGAGAUGUUCUGUCCAACUGGACUAGCAUUCAGCCCCGACACUGGUCGUUGUGACUGGCCUGAGAACGUUCCAUCUUGCAAAACAUCCUCUUUCCUCGGAUACGAAUGCCCGCCGGCCACAUACGAUGAAGAAGGCUUUCCAAUCAUCACUAACCACAAAUACGGAAACAACUGCUACGCAUUCUACAUGUGUGAGGCUGGGAAGGCUCGUUUACUGUCUUGUGAUCCCGGGUUCGCCUUUGAUGAUGUCACUGGUCACUGCGUGGAUGAAGACCUAGUUCCUUGUCAUCUUAAAGCUCAUCAUCCGAUACACGUAUCUUGUCCAGAUGGAUUAAAUUUCAACCCUAAGGUGAAAUAUCCGAAUUUUCCUUGUAGUUAUCCAGAGGAUGUACCUUGCUAUGGCCGAGCUUAUUCAAAUCCGCCUCAGCCAACAGCUGAAUGUCCAAGACAGAAUGGUUACUUCCCUUCACCCGCUGCUUCUAAACAGGACUGUGGCCGUUAUAGAGUGUGUAAAGCUGGGAAAGCGAUCGAAAUGUCUUGUCCAACGGGACUUGCAUUCAAACCAGCCACCGCCAAAUGCGAUUGGCCAGACCAAGUACCAUCCUGCAGCGCUAAUGAUUUCUUUGGUUUCGCAUGCCCACCCGGUACUGUAGAUGUCAGUGGCAACCCGAUUGUGACCAACCAUAAGCAUCAAGACGAUUGCUACAAUUUCUUCUCGUGUGAAAACGGCCAAGCUCGUCUUCUAUCCUGCGAUAUCGGUUAUGCCUUCGACGAGCGGUCCGGACGAUGUGAAACAGCAGACACAGUUCCUUGCGCAAAUAAUGAAUAA